CUCACAGCUACCCGAAAGAUUAGACUAACGACCUUCUACUGAGAUUUCUAUCAUUAAGUCCACUAUUCAGGGCUGACCAAUUAGAGGAAUAAACCCAGCGGGGAUCUGGUCAACCCUAGGUCCGAAUGGUACUAGUUGGUGACCGUCAAAGUUAGAUUUAUACAUAUAUUUUUAAAAUUCUUUCGUAAACAGGGCAUCUAAGAGGUGAGAAAUGGCAGCUGGGAGAUGGAUUUCACUUUUUCUGAUGAUCGCAGUGGUCACCGGGCAAGAUCUUGUGUGUCCGGAGGAACAGCUGGCCGAGUGUAAGGAGGCCCCCCAAAUGAAGACCCUGUUCUUAGAAGACGCUUGUAAAUAUUUUGAUGUUCUGAGGAACUGUAUCGCGCAGUAUUCUUGGGAAUGCGCGGAAGCCGGCUCAGCAUUAUACCAAAAAAUGGUGCAAGAAAUGCUUACAAACAAAGAAACGUUUUGCAAAGACACGAAGCCAGUGUGUGAUGAGAAGAACCUAGAGGCCUGUUUUGUUCAGUACAUCGAUCUGACUAGUGCGAACCUCCAAGACCCGGCUACAUUUCCCGUGUUAUGCAGGAAUUUCACCGAGUUAUCCGACUGUUACUCCAAGGCUUCUGCUCCGUGUUAUGGGGACCCAAUGUUCGUCAAUUCUCACUGGGAGGGAAUCUUUGGACAAGUGAAGAUCAACUGUCUAUCAACGUCAGAAUGUAACUAUUUUGAGAUGUCCAAGUGCGCAAACAUGUUGUACGAGGCCCUGACGAGUCUUGCGACCAUUCCUUCUUCUGCAUUUCUCAACGCGGCGUGCAGUGCGUAUGUCAAGUUUGAGCCCUGUAUGGAGCCUCUCCUAACGAUGUGCAUGGCAAGCUGGAGCGCUAAGUACGAGGACUUCCUUUUCCAAAUGCAAAAUAGCGCCUAUUUUGUCGAAGUUCUGUGUAAGAACCAUUUUCUCGGCCUUAUACAACACACUACGUGCUAUGAUAAACAGGAAGUUCAGACCAAGGCGGACGAAACCUGUACGAACCCCUUAAUGUCCGUCACUUUCGCCGGGCCACCUGAUGAAGUGUCCCUCUGCAGAUCCUUUAAAUCCUACGUUGACUGUUUGAAAGGCUUCAUUGAGGUCCAGUGUCCCGGAGAGGCGGGAGCUGCCCUGGCGAUAGCGGCGUACCACGAGUCCUGGUUGUCAGAAAAUAUCAAGACAUUGCUAGGGGUCCAAUGUCCGCCACUCGGGUACUACUCGGGCCCUGAAGAAACAACUACAAUGCCGCAAUGGCCAACCGGCCAUCUCCUGAUACCGAGCACCACAGAGGCACCACCUCCGCCGCCAAGCAGUCUUGAGCCACAAACGUUCAAUCCAGGAUUUGCAACACCAGAACCAACACCGCCAGCCACCACCUUGAAAAAUGUAGAGGACAAACCUGGGGCAAGCUCCGGCGAAGUUUGCAGACUGUCCCGAGUUUUCUCUGGAGUUUUAUUCGUGUCUAUGACAUUUUUGGUAAUAUAAUUAAUGCAGUACCCGUUAUCAUAGCACAACACGAGUUUGUGUUGUGCUCAGGAAAAAUUCUUAAAUUUUAAUUUUUAGAUGACAACAUAUAUUCGCUCCGUGGCCGUCAAUUGUUAAGAACAGCAAAACGGUCGCGUGAACAAUAAGCCCAAAUGAUAAAAGAAAACAUGUGCAGUGUCCAUAUUAAAACUUAUCGUUUAAACUUUUGUGAUUAUUAAGAUUGUCCAUUACAAAAAACAGUGUGUACAUCAAAGCAGAGCUCAGUCGUCUCUUUUAAUAUGUCAUAUAAACAACUUUUCACUUUUUCUGAAAUAAAGUUACUUAAAAUGAGCAAAAUUUCAAUUCAGUAAUUACUUUCACAACUUACAGGUGUAUACUUAUUUUUAGCAGAUGUUUAUACACUUAUUUUUCUAAGCCUUCCCGUGUUGGCUUGAGAAAUCCAUUUAUAUUUCAGAUUUCAAAAAAUGUGUAUAAACACUUGAUCCUUAUUAAAAAGAAGGAAAGGUAAUCUUUAAAACAAAUAACUUUUUCUCAACGUAAGCCAAUGAAAGGUAUAGUUCUUUAUAUACAAAGCAUUGUUUGUAUAAAACUGAUACAUGCUGUCAAAACAAGCCAUUGUCUGUCAAAAGCUUGAAGUGUUAUUGUCAACAAUGAAUGUAUUUUUAUAACGUAUAGAAACAUAUAAUAUCAAUAAUCAUCACGUUAUAUUGUCACUCAUGUAAUAAGAUUUUUGUUGAAUGUUGUGUUUAUCGAUUUGAAAACCGAUGUUAACAUCGAGGAAUCUGAAAAAAGAAAAUAUUGUUUUUUAAUUGUACUUAAUAUUAACAGAGUUUGUAAUACAACCUAAUGUUUUAUUCCAUUUGUACAUUUUCAUAAAUAAGUACUAUAUUAAAAGGUUACGAAAA